AUGUUCCAACAACCUUCUUCUAUCCCAGUUCAGCCACAAUACCUGCAGAAGGUAGGCAACGCUAAAAGACUUGAAGCCAUCCCUGAUAAGAAGAUAGUUCAAGGAAACAACACAGUUGUAAUCACGGUUCUUAAUCAGUGGAAAGAACAUCCUCCAGACCAAGAUAUCAUGAGGCAUCCUCCAGAUCAGUUUUACUCAAGCUUUAGCAAACACUUAUAUACAUUGGUAUCACUUUUUCAAUUUUCUAAGUUUGCUUCUGUUUCUUCCCCAAAAGGGAGCAGUGAGAAGACUUUUGGUCUUAACAAGAUAUUGUUGCUUGGAGAUCAAGUUUCUUCUCCACCUUACAGAAAGAAAAGGAAAAUGGGACAUCCGCAAGAGACUUCUGGUGCUAAGUCAUGUCCACAUCUAAUAACCGUGCUUUCUCUUGAUUUAUUGCACAAAGGACUGAAGGAUAUCCAACUCAACAAUACUAAUGAAGAGCUGGUGUUGAAUGCUUGA